GCCCCCGAGAGUGGAUGGUCCCGCCCAGCCUAGUGGCGGGAAAGAUAGCCGGCGGAGCGGGCUUAGGAAGCCGGCUCCUCCGCUGCCGCUGGAGGACCCGGUGCCUCGGAGGGGGCCUUGCUCUCCCCAAGGACUCUCGGCCUCCCAGCCUCCCUUCCCCCCUGGCUGAGCAGCGACUUGGACAUGAUGAACUGCGAGCUUCUAGCCACGUGCAGCGCCCUCGGGUACCUGGAAGGGGAUGUUUACCACCGGGAGCCGGACUGCUUGGAGAGCGUGAAGGAUCUGAUCCGCUACCUGAAGUACGAGGAUGAGACGCGAGAUGUGCGCCGGCAGCUCGGGGCGGCCCAGAUCCUCCAAGGGGACCUCCUGCCCAUCCUGGUGCAGCACCGCCAGGACAAGCCGCUCUUCGACGCCGUCGUCAGGCUGAUGGUGAACCUGACCCAGCCGGCCCUGCUCUGCUUCGGGAAAGUGCCCCAGGAUCCCAGCUUCCGGCACCACUUCCUCCAAGUGUUGGGCUACCUGCAGUCCUACAAAGAAGCCUUUGCCAACGAGAAGACCUUCGGGGUCCUCAGCGAGACACUCUACACGCUGCUGCAGCUGGGCUGGGAGGAGCGUCAGGAAGAAGACAACCUGCUGAUCGAGCGCAUCCUCCUGCUGGUCAGAAACGUCCUCCACGUGCCCGCCGACCCUGGCCAGGAGAAGAACGUCGACGACGAGGCCAGCAUCCACGACCGGCUGCUCUGGGCCCUGCACCUCAGCGGCCUCGACGACCUGCUGCUCUUCUUGGCCAGCUCUGCGGCCGAGCAGCAGUGGAGCCUCCACGUGCUCGAGAUCGUCUCCCUGGUGUUCCGGGACCAGAACCCCGAGCAGCUGGCCGCGGCGGGCCAGGCCCGCUCGGCCCGGGAGCAGGGCGCCGACACGGCGGAGCUGGAGGUUCUCCGGCAGAGGGAGACGGCGGAGAAGAAGAGCCGGGCCCUUCAGCGGAGCAGCAGACACUCCCGUUUCGGGGGCUCCUACGUGGUCCAGGGGCUGAAGUCCAUCGGAGACAGGGACGUGGUCUUUCACAAGAGCCUGCACCGCUUUCAGGCCUAUAGCUCCGACAUGGGGAAGGACGCCCGUUACGUGCCCCGGCGCCGGCAGCCUGCUCCAGAGUCCUCCAUCCAGCGCCGCUCGGCCCUCAACAUACGGCUUUUCCUCCGUGACUUCUGUUCCGAGUUCCUGGAGAACUGCUACAACCGCCUCAUGGGCCUGGUCAAGGACCACCUACUCCGGGAGAAGGCACAGCAGCACGACGAGACCUACUACCUGUGGGCCCUGGCCUUCUUCAUGGCCUUCAAUCGAGCCUCCGACUUCCGGCCCAGCCUGGUGUCCGAGACUCUCAGUGUCCGAGCCUUCCACUUCAUCGAACAGAACCUCACCAACUACUAUGAGAUGAUGCUGACUGAUCGGAAGGAGGCGGUCUCAUGGGGUCGCCGAAUGCACCUCGCCCUCAAGGCCUACCAGGAGCUGCUGGCCACAGUGAACAAAAUGGACGUGUCGGCAGAUGAGGCCGUGAGGGAGAGCAGCCGGAUCCUCAAGAACAACGUCUUCUACGUGAUGGAGUACAGAGAACUCUUCCUGACCCUCUUUCGGAAAUUCGACGAGACCCGACAGCCCCGCUCCUAUCUCCGAGAUCUGGUGGAGACGACCCACCUCUUCCUGAAGAUGCUGGAGCGUUUCUGCCGGAACCGGGGAAACCUGAUGGUGCAGAACAAAAGGAGGAGAAGGAAGAAGAAGAAGAAGGCGUUGCCUCGGGCGCCAGCCUCUGCGGACAGCGCUGCCCAGCACCCAGAGGGGGCGGAGGGCGCGUGGCCGGCCCUGGCUGAACAGCUGAGGCACUGCGCGCAGAAUUCAGAGCUCGCCCCUGACUCCGUGGUCCCCUUUGAUGCCGCUUCGGAGGUGCCGGUGGAAGAACAGCGGACCGAGGCCCUGGUUCGGAUCCAAGACAGCCUCCGGGCCGCUCAGGCCUCGGAGGCCCUCACCCUGCUGCGGGCAGCCAGGGAGGUGUGGCCAGAAGGGGAUGCCUUCGGCUCCCCGGAGCUCUCCCCUGAUGAGGAGGUGGAGUUGCUGCGACACAUCUUCUCUGCACAGCUUCCCCGGCGGCCUGAGCCUGCCGAGCCGGGCGGGGAGGAAGAAGGUGAGGAGGACGAGGAAGAGGAGGAGGAGGAGGAGGAGGAGCUGCAGGCCAUCCAGGUCUCCGAGAAGGAGUUUAGCUUCCUGGACUACCUGAGGCGCUUCGCGUGCUCCCACGUGGUCCGAGCCUGCGUGCUCCUGCUGAAGGACUACAGGGAGAACCCGCCCCACACCAACCACUGCGCCAUCAAGAUGCUCCACCGGCUGGCCCACGAUCUCAAGAUGGAGCCCUUGCUCUUCCACGUCUCCCUCUUCUGCCUCUUCAACAAGCUGUUCAGCGACCCAGCCUCUGGGGCCUACGGGGAGUUAGCCGCUUUUGCCAGAUAUGUACUGGCCAAGUUCUUCAAGCUGACCCAAGUCAACCGCAAGGCCUUUGUGGAGCUUCUGUUCUGGAAGAACACGGCUGUGGUUCGGGAGAUGACGGAGGGCUACGGUUCUCUGGAGGCUGAGUCUUCUAACCGGAAAGCCUCCAAGUGGACUCCGGAGGAGGACAACCAGCUGCGGGAGCUGUACGUGGCCCACAAAGACAUAGAAGGGGAGGAUGUGAUAGAUGCUAUCUUGGCCCGCCUGGAUUCUAGGGCUCGUUCUCGGAAACAAGUCAUCCACCAUCUGGUUCGACUCGGACUGGCCGACAGCGUCAAGGAUUUCCAUCGACCCAGGCAGGGGAUCAACGUGGUUUUAUGGACGGAGGAUCAGGAGUUAGAGCUGCACCGGCUCUUUGAGGAGUUCCAGGAUUCAGAUGAUGUUCUGGGUCACAUCAUGAAGAACAUCACAGCCAAGCGCUCACGUGCCCGGGUGGUUGAGAAGCUUCUGGCCCUGGGACUGGUGACAGAACGCCGGGCCUUGUACAAGAAGCGCCGGAGGAAGAAGCCUCCAGCAGGAAAGGACCCCCUGAAGGUCCCUGACCAGGAGGAUGAAGAGGAAGGGGAGGAACCGGAGGAGGAGGAGGAGGAGGAGGAGGAGGAGGAGGAGGAAGACAGUGAGGAGGACCAAGGCCCAGGGCCAGAAGCAGCUGAGGGCCCCUCAGGGCCCCUGCCCCAGAGCCUGAGGCAAAUCCUGCAGGAGGAAGACUUCUUGGCCCCCCUUCUGUGGCUCCAGAACUGCCUGAUCCGGAUCGCUGACGACCGGGAGGAGGCUGGCUGCACCCAGGCGGUGCCCCUGGUGCCUCUGACGGAGGAGAACGAGGACGCGAUGGAGAGCCCGGCCUUCCAGAGGCUGCUCAGAAAGUUAGGGAUGCGGCCCCCAGCCUCGGAACAGGAAUCUUUCUGGAGAGUUCCAGCCCGGCUGAGCCCUGCAGUGCUGCGGACAGCAGCCGCUUCUCUGGCUCAGGCUGGCCCCGGGUCCCAGGCUGCCGGCCUUGUGGAGCAGCCGCCUCCCACCCCGGAGACCCCCCUGCCAGCUGGGAAACGGAAGCGCGGCCCAGAGCUGCCAGAAGUGGCGGAGGAGCCAUCCAGCCCUGGGCCCCAGAAGCCACAGGCACCGGACAGUGCCUGGGAGCAGGGGAUGGAUGGAAGCAAAGACAGAGAUCUCCUGGAUUCUGAGCCGGACUCCCCCGAGACCCCCAGAAUCCCCAAGAGGAGGCGGUUUCUGAUUGAGGAUGAAGAUGACUGAGGAGCUGGCCCUCUGGCAGGCUUUGGUGCGACUGAGAAGAUGCCCCCCGCUGCUCCCCAUGGCUGGGGUCCGGGGAGAGCCCCAUGUGGCACAGCGGGGGUUUUCCCCUUGAAGCUCUCCCUGGAGGAGACUUUGUUUCCGUGUCUUCGGAGAGCAGGCCUCUGGCCUGGCCCCGGCUUCCCUGCCUGGUCCCCUGGCUUUGGAGCCUGGGGCGGGAGUUGAGGGGUGGUUCACAGGUGCUUCUGGUUCUGUGCUUUGUUGGGAAAUUAAAGCAGCAAACAGUC